GUCUUGCGUCCAACCCGAAAACAGCAGGGGAAGGUCUACUUUGGGCAGAACUUGGUCUGCCCAGACUCCCUAAAUCAAAUGGAGGGGAAGACAAUCAAAGUAGGAGAUCCUAUUUAUGUCAUCAAGAUGGCCUCUUCCUGUACUGAUGCAGCUGCAUGA